AUGGAAAAGCAGGAAAAAGGGCCUUCGGAAGUCGAGGCAAACCAAGGCAGUGCCCCACUGCAGGAUCGCAUGAACGAUAAAAAAAAUCGCCAUUUUGAAGUUAAGAAAAAGAAAAUGAAGAGUGGAAAGGGGAGUAACGCCCCCGUUGGUAAAAACGGAAAGGAGAAAAAAAAACACCUUAAAGGGGUAAAAAAAUCCGAUGAGAAGGAGGGGAAAAAAAAAGGGAAGAAGAUCAAAGGGAAGAAGAUCAAAGGAAAGAUGAGCAAACGGAAGGAGAAGCUUAAGAAGAAAAAAAAGGUAAAGGAGGAAAGAGAACAUAAUCAAGAAGAAGACAACGAAGAGGAGGACGAACUCGUUGUUGAUUUCGAACUGAUAGAUCCCACAGAUAAAUACAAAGACAACGUAAGGAUUCUCUUAAGAAGUACAGAGCUUUAUUCCAAUUUAAAGUGUACUGAAGAGUUAGUAAGCAUUAUAUGCGACCAACAGAAUAUUGGGAAGUUCCUUUGCGUAGCGAAUGGGCCGAAUGUUAGCGGGAAGGAAGGUUUUGUUGACGAUCCCACAGAUGGCAAAGGAGACCUAUCCAAUAGUGUUGAUUAUAAUAUGGUAGGCUUCCAAACGAUAAUUAACGUAAACCAGUACACAGAAAUUGGUACCUUGAAGGAAUUCCUACUGCAAAAAGUGAAAAAAGUCAACGUGCCAGAUUACGUAGAGAGCGCAAAGGAAAUCACGUUUCUGCUCUCCUCCAAUGAAACAAAAAACAUAGGCCUGCUAAUUGGUCAUCGCAUCCUAAACACACCCAUAACGUUAGUUCCACUAAUUCACAAAAAUAUCAUUGAAGAUGUGUACUGGUCUCAAGGGAUUGAAGAUCUAGACGAAAGUGAAAAGAAGUUUUAUUUUUUCGAUUGCCUGUUAUUCUAUACGAAGGUUUACAAGAAUGAAGAGGGGGAAAUUAUUUUUUCUAAUUACGAGGAGGAGUACUUUUUUCAAAACAAGACUCACCAUGUCUUAUACAACAACAACAACGUGAAGAAGUUUUAUGAAGUGGUGAAUGGGAAGAACAGGGAAGUGACCUACAAGGAGUUCAUCACAAUUUUUGUCGUUCCCUUUGGCAAGGUGGGUGAGGCGCUUAAGGAGAUGCAGAGGGGUGUCACAGAGCCUUCCCUUUCGGUUGGUUCUGCAGUUAGUGGUGCUACAUUUGGUCGUAGCUAA